AGACCGACCUCCAAGGUCGGCGCUGGCGCACGCAAUCGGUGGGUGGCGCACGCAAUCAGUAGCUAGUGCGCGGAGUCAGAUAAUCGACGGCCAGCUUACAGUAGAUGUGGCCGACAAUCGGUGGCUGGCAGGUGGUCUCAUAGUCAGCAGUCAGCUGUCAGCAUUGGUCGCUUAUCGGCAGUCAGCUGUUUAUCGGUGGUCAGCAGCCCUCAGGAUCAGCGGUCAUCAGUCAUUAGUGGUCGGCUAUCGACAGAGUCAUACAUGGAGUCGGCAUAGAGUCGUACCUAUCUUUUAUAAGAUCUAAUGACCAUUGACCACUCGGUGAGCUGCAGUUCAGAGUUGAGACAGUCGCUGGCCAGCGAGCCAAAACGACAGAAGUGUGGGGUAUCUCUGGGGAUUUAUCAGGAGGAAUAUCAGCCAUCAGUCGCCGACGAUCAACAGCUGGUCGGCAGCCGAUGUCAGUGAUCAGCGGUAAGCGUUCGGCCGUCAUCCAGCGGACAGCGGCCGAUGAACGGCGAGGUGACGGGAGUGAGCAGCUGUCACCAUUCAUCAGUCGUCUGCCACCUGUCACCAGCGGCUGAACGUCAGACGAGAUGACGGUGACACCACAGGUCGUAUCGGCCGUGACAGCGUGCGGCGCCCAGAUGCUGUGCGGCAUGUCGAGCGGCUUCACCAGCCCGGCGCUGCCAGAGCUGCGCGCCGAGCUGCAGCUCUCCGUCAGUCAGGAGUCGCUCAUCACCGCGCUCAUGCCGCUCGGCAGCGCGCUCGGCAGCCCGCUGGCGGCGCUGGUGCUAGACCGGGUCGGCAGGAAGGCCGUGUUCGUGGCCUUGGCCGUGUACUACUUCACCGGCUGGCUGCUGGUCACCUACGCCGGCUCCGCGGAAACGCUUAUGGCUGGCCGCGCCGUCCAGGGCGUCGGCUGCGGCGGCUCCUUCAUCGUGCUGCCAAACUACAUCGGCGAGGUGGCGGAGCCACACGUGCGCGGCACCCUCAGCAUCUUCAUGCAGCUGGGCUUCUGCUGCGGCACGCUGCUCGAGUUCGUCGUCGGCAAGUACGUGUCGUGGCGGUGGCUGGCGCUGCUGUCGGCGGCCGUGGCGGCCGUCUGGCUGCCCUGUCUGGCCGUCAUCACAGAGUCGCCGCUGUGGCUGGUGAUGCGCCGGAGGCCGCGGGCGGCGCUGGACGCGCUCCAGCGACUGCGCGCGCCGCAACAUGACUGCAAGGCCGAGCUGGCCGAGCUGGAGCACUUUGCGCGAGACGUGCUGCGACGACGCGUGCGGCCGCGCGAGGCGCUCCGACCGCCCUACAUCGGGCCCAUCCUGAUCGUGGCCGGGCUCUUCUUUUUCCAACCCGCAUCCGGCAACGACGCGCUCACGUAUUUCACGGUGGACAUUCUGGAUGCGGCCGAUUCGGCGCUGGAGCCGCACACGGCCAGCAUCCUGGCCUCAGCCAUGUGGAUCCCCGCCACGCUGGUGGCGGCGCUGCUGGCCGACCGGGCCGGCCGGCGGCCGCUACUGAUGGUCUCCUCGGGCCUGACUGCUGCCUGCACGGCCGCGCUCGGCGCGUUCUUCUACCUGCGCGACGCCGGUCACGACGUGAGCGGCUACAGCUGGCUGCCGCUGGCCGCGCUCAUCACCUUCAACCCUGCGUUCGCCGUCGGACUCGGCAUGGUGCCCUGGAUCAUCAUAGGCGAGAUGUUCGCGCCGGAGAUGCGCGGCUGGGGCGCCAGUGUCGGCACCACCCUCACCUCGCUCGUCACGACGCUGAUCACGGUCAGCUUCACCGGCCUGGCCGGCGCCAUCACGCAGGCCGGCGUGUUCUGGCUCUACUCGGCGAUCACCGUGCUCGGCGUCUUCUUCACGCUGUUCUGCGUGCUCGAGACCAAGGGCAAGACACUGGAGGAGAUCACGGAACACUUCAAGGGGCCGGAUCGGCGGCGUCCCAGCGGCCCCGUGGCGACAGAGAAGGAGGCGGAGGUGGACCGGCCGAGUGGGCAGCCCGCCCGGCAUCGCCACAGCCUGUCGUUGGACAACGGCGCGCCGAGCGGUGACACACUGUGUGAUAAGUUGUAAAAUAUAUAUUUCAGUUACAGCAUGUUAGCUGUUAUAA